UUCAGAAUCCAUUGCUCCACUGUGGACAUACCAUUUUAUAUUUAUCAUUUGGAUGUUAUGGAUAAAAACAGUACCUACUCUCCGAUCACAUGGCCACCAAAGUUUUGGGAGCAGAUAACAAUAGCCUUCACAGUGUCCAUGGUGGUUGGCCUGGCGAUUGGAGGGAUCAUCUGGGCUUUGCUUACUUGCUUGUCCCGUCGCCGGGCUAGUGCCCACAUAUCCCAGGGGAACUCGUCCUCCUACAGCCGCCGGUCCAGACCGCCCUCCCACGGCCACACUGGCAGCAGGACUGGAUUUUAUCGCAACAGCAGCUGUGAGCGUCGGAGCAACCUCAGCUUGGCCAGCCUCACCUUCCAGCGACAAGCAUCCCUGGAGCAAGCCAACUCCUUCCCCCGCAAGUCAAGCUUCCGUGCAUCCACCUUCCACCCCUUCCUCCAAAGUCCUCCCCUGCCAGUGGAAACGAACAGCCAGCUGAUCACCCUGACCCCCACAAGUACCACCACAACCCUCGUGGGAAGCACCACCAACAGCUUAAGUCGGCCCGAGUUCCACUGGUCCAACAACAGCCUCCGUAUCUGCCACUCUACUCAGACCCCUCCUCCUGCCUAUGAAACCAUCAUAAAAGCAUUCCCAGACUCAUGAAAUAGCUUCUUGAUAUGGACACACUCUUGAGUUUUAAGAGAAACCUCAAUCAUCUGUAACAUUUUCUGUUUGUGCUGAGGAUCUCUGAGAAGUCUCCUGAGUGGUGGUGACACAUUGCAGAGGGGACGCACAUUGCUAAGGAGUGGCUAACACUGAUUUUUAGAGCACAGUAUUCCACUGGCCAAGGAAUCACGUCUUCCAUGCCACCAGCUGCAAUAUACUGAUCUGCGACAAACAUGUAUUUAUACUACUGUAUCUUUAAUCAUAACCUUUGUAUCUUUUAGUUUAGAGCAAAGAAAAUGCUGCCACAUGAGAAACUGAUCAUUUCCUGAAGACACAGAUCAUGUUAGGAAUUACUGAUACAUGCAUUUCUGCAAAUUUCACUAUUUGUUUCUUUUCUUUAAUGAAAGAAGUUGUGAUUUUAUAUAUUUCUCCCAAGAUUGUUAGAUUCUCAGUGAAUACAUACCUUUAUCCUCAUUCUUCCUACAGUCACAGAACAACAACUUCUAUCUGAUUUAAUGUCACAGACCUGUUAAUGGUCAUAGGCAUCUUGUUUUGCUGAUUAUUCAGGAUCUUAAAAUAUGUCAGGCUUGUUUGUAUGACAUUUCCUACAGUAUGGGAAAUAUGUUGAAGAGGAAAACAUGCAAAAUGCAUGGUCACAAUUAUAAAGAUUUUUUAGUCUGCAACCAGCAGAAGAGUUAGUCCCAUUUUAAUGCCUAAUAAGGCUGUAUGAAAGCAGAACUCCUGAUGUUUCAUUUUUUUCUAGUUCUGGUGAUGAAGAUAAGCUGCAUGAAUGACAACCAUUUUUAAUUGUUUCCUGUUUUGCUAUGGAUUUACUCAUUCCCUUACUUCAAACUGUAUUUCUUCAAAUUGUUCCUAUGUUUAAUGCUUCCGGGCAAAUUAUUCACUGACAUCCUGUGUUUCACUAACUCUAAAUUUCAGACAGCUAUGACUGAAUACUGGUGUUGUACAGUUACUUGGAAUAUGAAGAAAAAGAUGUAGUAUUCAGCUGAAGCUAAAAUAUCUCCUUGACUAUUCUACAUGCACAUUAUGUCAAGCUAAGCCUCGGUUUAGUGAAGACUAAUUACACAGAUAUGAGAAAUUAAGGAUUUGGAAACAGUGCAGACAAACUAGGUAUGACAUAAGUCCU